AACCCCUUUCAGAGAAGAAAUUAGAAGAAAACUUGUCUAUUCACAAUUCUCAAAGAAGAAAAAUGGUUGAUCGAGCGAACCAACAGGUGUACCCUUUAGUACCACCAGAUAGCCAAAGUAGAAGAAGUGAUGAAAACCUUGAAGACUCUGGCCCUUUAAUACCUGAUCAUGUGCUCAAGAGAAAGAAAAGGAUCAAGUUAGCCAUAUAUAUUUCUGCUUUUGUUGUGUUUGAGAUCAUGGUCAUCUUGGUCUUUGCACUUGUUUUGAUGAAAGCUAGGACCCCUAAGGUCAGGUUAGGCACUAAUGUCACGUUCCAGAACUUCAAAACUGGAACCCAAGCAAGACCUUCCUUCGACUUGAGCUUCACAGCCCAAGUUCGGGUUAAGAACACAAACUUUGGUCCCUACAAAUUUGAUAGCACCAAUGCCACCUUUAUGUACCAGGGUGUGACAGUGGGGCAAGUCACUAUUCCUAAACAUACGGCUGGGAUGCGUUCGACAAAAAAAGUUACUGUCACAGUUAAUGUAAAUUCAAACGCCCUGCCAUCCACUACCAAACUUGGAAGUGAGUUAGGUGCUGGGGUUUUAACUCUGAAUAGCCAUGCCAAGUUUAAGGGGAAAGUGGUGUUCAUGUUUUUGAUGAAGAAGAAGAAGUCAGCCGAAAUGAACUGCACAAUGACCGUUGAUUCGUCAACAAAGGCAGUCAAAUCUAUGAUUUGCUAG